GACUUCCAACGAGGUCGAGAGAAAAGCCGAGUCCGGCAGACAUCAUUUCUCCCUUGGCGUCUGUGGAUUAUACACGCGGAGCAACGAGCUUAAUUAUUAACAAAAAUAUUUAUUUCACUAACAGAUUUAUUAAUAUUAUUAUUGCCUUAAUUCCUCAAAACACCUAUAAUGGCCGACACAGCUGUUGACACGACCGCUACCUCUGAGGUUACAACCAAGGAGCUGAAGGAGAAGAAAGAAGUAGAAGUGGAGAAGGAGAAGGAGGAGAAGACCGAGAACGGGGACAGCGCACCUGCCAACGGCACAAACGGUGCAGAUCACAGCGACAAAGUGGAAGAGGCAGCAGAGGAGGAACAGAAGAAUGGAGAUGAUAAAGCAGAGGAGGCGCCCCCUGCUGAGGAGACUGAUGCACAGCCUGAGAAGCGUGCGGCUGAGGAGGAGGAGGAGGAGGAGGAGAAAGUGGACGUGAAGAAACAGAAGACGGAGGAGAAUGGAGACUCUAAAGAGACAGAAGUGGUGGAGGCCUGAGCCUGUGCUCGGCCUGUUUGCAGCUCUGUCUUACCGCCUGGUCAACAUCAUUCUGUAGAGCUUGUGCUUUUUUGUCCUUGAGAGGUUUUUUUUGUUGCCAUGCUAUCACACUGCACUGGAGUCCUGAAACAUAGUGGCCCUGCAUCCUUUUUUAUGAAAUAUUAUUUAUUGGUCUUUAAAAUGAGCUUUUUUUUUCUACCUGUACAAUUUGGGCCACAGUAAGAGAUCUGUUUUCUUUUGUAAGGUUUUAUAUCACGUUAAUGUUAGAAGCACAGCCUCUACGUUGGUGCUGACCAGAUGAUUCAUUCACACCGGCAGCUGCUGACCUCAACGGUUGACCUCACGUUGACCUCUCAGAUUCACCAUAAGGACCAAAGAUAAGUUUUAAGCAGGGGCUAAUAGACAGUUGUCUGCUUUUUGGUUGAGGCUAAUUUUUUUUGCUGAGCUUUGUUGUUAAUUCUUGGCGUAGCUGCCCAUUAGCAUAACAGAUGGUGUAAACGGGGUGCGGGGCCUCCAUCAUAAAGGUGUUAGACUCUUUCACCGAGCCAGGGUUUUGGAAACGUUAAUUAACCCCUCUUAAACCUUAAAGCUUUGGUCAUUUGUUCUUGUAUGCAUUCCACGCAGGUCUGUACCAUUUAUACUUUGUGGUGUUUUGUUUAGUUUUUUUUUUUUUAUGUUUACGAUGAGUUCUGUUAUGGCGGAGUGGCCCGGUUUUUGUGUCCAAGACCCCCUCUUCAGAACCAGAAUGACAUCCGGUUACUCCAGCCACUGCUUUGUAUAUUCUGAUAAACAAAUAAAUUGUCUUUUUACUUAA